AGCACUCAGUAGUGUUUCUAUUCAAUACAGAAUAACCGGUGUGACGGUAUAUCAUUAUGCUCGGUGUAUAUUACGGAAAUAAGUGAACCGAGAACAAAUUAAAUUCAUGUAGCAUAAUUAAUGUACUUUAUUAUAUUAAUAAACAAUAGUACCAGUGAUUAAAGCAUAAUGAAAGGAAAAUUAUCAUCGGCUCUAAUACGACAAUUCACUAUAGCUACUCUGGUAAAUUUAGUUUCACUGACAGCUGGUGUGAGUAUGCUGUGGUCUUCUCCAAUGCUCGUUAAACUCCGGAAUGGAACAGACACUCCGUUAUCAAGACCCAUCACACAGGAAGAAGGCUCAUGGAUAGUCUCCGGAGGGUAUUUGGUUGCUUGCAUAACAAAUUUACUAGCCGGGACAUUGUUAGAUAAAAUAGGAAGGAAGUACUCCAUCAUUUUAAUUACCAUACCAAGGAUAUGUGCAUCCAUAUGGACGAUAUUUGUUACCGAGGUGUGGAUGUUGAUAUUUUGCCGAAUGGUCAUGGUGUCGACUGAUAAUUAUAUUUAUGUAGUAAUCCCAGUAUACGUAUCAGAAAUAGCUAAUGUGAGUAUAGCUUUCAAAGAAUUUCGUGCAUCUCUUGGUACGUUCUUACACAUACUUGCCUGCAUAGGUAUUGUUGCAACUCUCUCAAUCGGUCCAUUUGUAUCUUAUACAAUCUAUAACUGCUUAGUAGCUGGUGUGAUAGUAUUGACGUCUAUACCGCUACUUUUUCUACCAGAAUCUCCUGUCCAUUUAUACACGACAGGUCGUACGGAUGAUGCCAUAAAUGUCCUGUCUAAAGUCCGUGAAACUGAUGUACAGGUCAAACAAGAGAUUGAAGACUAUAAAUCUAGCAAGAAAGAAAAAAUAGCUAAGUUGGCCUUAAUGAAGGAUAAAACAUUUCUGAAGUCACUUUCAUUGGGCAUUCUGGUCUGUGGCGGCUGCAAUGCCGUAGGAUACAAUGCAGUGGAAUUUUAUUUGCAAACGAUUUUGGAAGCAACGCACUCCAGCUUAAUGCCUGAGGUAGCAUCAGUUAUAGUUGGCUGCAUCCAACUGAGCGCUGCUGUUUGCACAUCCUUUUUUACAAAAAUGUUUGGGAGACGACCUAUUUUAAUUUAUUCCCUCAUUGGCAUGUUGUGUGGUAUGCUCGGAUUGGGAGUUUUCUUCACAUAUAGUACCAGGGAAGGUUAUGUUAUCUCUGGCUUCCUUAACUACCUUCCUAUCAUAUCUUUAAUACUUGCUACAUACAGUUUCAAUAUUGGAAUCGGCUGUCUUCUUUUCAUAGUUACUGUUGAAUUAUUUGAAGGAAGAACGCGAGCAUUUGGAUAUACAAUAUGUUUUACAUUCUUCUUACUAAGCGCGUUCAUAACAACUAAAUAUUUAGAGGCUAUGUUCCACGCCUUCGGUUAUUCUGGGACGUACUGGUUCUUCAGUGCAAUGUGUUUAAUUAUUUGUACUUUAAUUGUCUUAUUCGUGCCCGAAACUAAAGGGAAAACGAUAACUGAGAUUCAAAUUGCAUUAGGCAACAAGAAAAUUGAGGCUGAGGUUGGGAAUAAGUAAAUUAAUACUUAACCACUGUAGAUAAAAUCAUAGUUAUUAGAUUUCUGAAGUGAUACGUCUAUCGUGAUACUUUGUUUAAGUAUUUUCGAUGCAAUUUUUUAUGAACAUUUCCUCAUCAUCAUCAUCAUCAUCAUCAUUUCAUUGCCUAUUUAUAUUAUUUACCCAGCUGUUAUAUUUGAAAAUUCUUUUCUGCAAACCUAAAAGGAUGAGUUACAAGGUUCAUUACAACGUAAACUGAGAACCUCACUUAUUUUUAAUUGAUAAAAAACUGUUAAUCAAUUUUAUAUUUAGACAUGUACAUAUAUUUUCAAUAAAUGUUGAUAAAAU